AUGAACUCUUCAGAAUGCAGCCUGUCCAGAAUAGUGAAUGCUUCACUGAUAUUACAAAGGGAGAUGAUUUCCAGUCCCAACAUCAGCUCCUUCAAUAUGGAUAAACCUUCUCGGUACAUCCUACGGGAAUGGAUUAUUUACCCAUCUUACUCAGAGAUGAAAAUGUUCAUGGUUCCUACAGUUCUCUGUUUUGCAGUGGCACUUUUUGUCACACCUUCAAUAUUGUUUGCUAUUCUUUCUAACUUCAGCAUACGUCAAGAAACAAGAUUUUUGCUCCUGGCGAAUGCCCUGCUGUGUGACUUGGUAUACCUCCUUUUCUGCACAAUAUUAUCUACUUUGAAUGUGGUGAACCUGACCAUUUCAAAGCACUUAUGUGUCCUGCUUCUGUUUGUGCUGGCUGUCACCUACAGUGGGGCAGUUCUGACGGCAGCUGCUAUGGUUAUAGACACGUAUAUCGCAGUGCUGUGGCCUCUACAUUACCUGUCAAUAUUGACUCGUUCCAGGACUAAAAAAGUUAUAAUAUUACUUUGGUUCUCGUCUUUUUUCUUCCCAGCUAUAGUGUUUUUAGCCUUGUAUUUUACCCAGAAGCCAGGGCCAUGUCCUCUUGAGCAAUGUUCUCUACCUGCAAUACUUGUAAUAACCUUACAUGGGGAUGAUAGUCUUAAAUUGUGCUACAUUCUUUUUGUUACUAUUUUUCUGUUGUGUUUUUCUCUCAUACUUUGCUGCUAUAUAGUGCUCUGGUAUAAAACAAGGGAAACUGGCAUAUGGAAAAGUGUCUCGUCUAGAGCUAGUAUAACCUUUUUAAUGCAUCACACUAUAUUAUUCUUUUACUUCAGUCCUCUGUUAUUGCUUUUGGCAGAAUCCCUAUUGUAUAUCAGCAAAGUUAUAGGUUUAAGAACAGGAUUAUGGGUGUCCAUGACAAUCUGUAAUGUUCUAAUCGUUUUGCCAAAAGCUGCCUCUCCGUGUCUUUACGGGCUGCGAUACAGAGAAAUAUACAACUCACUCCGGCUCUUUUUUAGAUUAAACAAACACAGAACAGUUGCGCCCGUUGAUGUAUAA